CGUAGUCGCACAUGAUUCUCGGUGUGAUCUGAUAUGACUUGCUGGUCUUGGUCUCUAACUAUUGGAGCUUGCUGUAGGAGGUCGAUGAGCCAGCGCAACUGCAUUUGCUAUCAUCUCUUGGCUCAUGAGAAGGUGGGCUUUUAUAGAUGUCGUGUUUGCUUCAUCACACAGCUUGCAUUCACAAGGAAACUCGCAUUAGCCCUCACGGAUUAUCCCCAUGGAUCUCCGUUCAUCCCUAACUUACGAUCAGUAACUGAUAUAUCACAUCCCCCCGCCAUGCGAUCGGUUUACAUAGGCAGUAUCGUGCUAUACUGCCUACGGCUUGGAGGCAACAUGACUACCGAUAAUUGAUACUUAGAUCUCCAUUCUGUGAAACAUUUCUCGUAGGUGUUUACUCGCCGACUAAGGCCCACAGAUAGGAGUGGGGAGAAGGGGGGGGGGGGUUAUGCUUUAGGAUGACAUACAUAAUAAAAUACCAGCGAAAUUCUAUAAAAAUAAAAGCAGCAAUAAGAAAUAUUCAAGUGCUAUUAGAAAUCCUAAGCCGUUGUAGAGAAUCCGCUAGGAAAACAAUAGAGGCACAUCUUAGCAUGUAGAGCUUGAAGGGGUCAACUGGUGCUCGAUUUAAUCCUAGCACCCCGGUCAGCUGCCUAGCCGGCUGUCUGGUGGCUGCAUUGUUUGAAUAGGUCGUCCCAGACACUCCGGCUGUUGCGUAGCCAGGGGCGGUGUCCCGAAGCAUGUCGAGAACAAGUGCGUCGUUUGCGCUGAUGUUGGCUUCGACGGAGCGGCCCGAGAGCAGGGAUCUUUUACCUCCCUCGUAGCAAACAAUUCGAGAUCGACGAGCUUGACAGCACUGGAGGGUAUACGGCAACGGAUCGUUGCCGAGAUUAAGAUUCCGGGAGUGUUUGGCGUCACGAUGAAUGCAUACGCGCUUCUAUAAGGGAUAGGGUUCCUAACGGCUUGCUGAGAAGUUGUAGGGGGUACGAGAGGUUUUGAUCACAGCCUCCCUGUAUAUCAAUUCGAACCAAG